CUAAAUAAACUUUUGAACCACUGCUCAAGAAAACAAUAGGCCUAAUAUGUUUCAAGCUUUUGUUAUUAAAUGUAAAUUACAUCUUUGAGAUCAUUUAAAUGAGAUCUGCAUAAAUCUCUACUAUACAGGAUUAUAUACACGUCUAUUACCAAGUGUAUUAACAUGUUAUUUCUCAUACAUCUCCAUGGUGUCUGCAGGACAGGUAUUUCCCAACAGCACCAGUCCAUCACUUUCACCGCCUCCAGCUCUGUUACUGGUGGUGCGGUCCGCUUUAUAGCUGCGUUAUAACCACCGUGUGCGGAGCUGCGUGCGCGCGCUGCGGGGAGAGAGAGAGACACGGGCGAUCCGAACCGGGCGGUCACGUCCACAGGGAAACCAACCGUCGUUGUCAGGUCUAAUUACACCAGUCGUUGAAAAAAAGCUGUCAGUGCCGUAUAGCUUUGGAAGAUUCGGGAUUUUUUUUCAGGAUGCUCAUCUCUCAACCUGUGCAGCGGGGAAAUAUCCCGCCAAUCGUGAUUUUGGGUUCGGGCUGGUGUUAAAAAUCUCGCUUCAGUGGAUGAAAAGGCCCUGAUAGAUCGGCGCAUCGCAGACAGCGGGAAAGUGAGGAAAUACCGAUAAAAUAUCAUAACCAACGCGCCACAGCACGCAUUCGCCUUUCGGUGUUUUGAUGCGCAAGGUUCUAAAGACUCAUACUGUGUGGUAUUUGAAUUAAAGUUAUAUUCAUUUUCAUUGUGUAUUUAUAGACAGAUCAUUUUGACAGUAUCCUCUUGGGAGGACUGGGAUUGUGUUUGCUAACCGAAACCCAGUGGCCAAUCAAUAAAAAUAACUCAGCUUUAAGAUUCAUUAAAGAUUAAUUAAAUACCUUAUUCUCAAAUCGUUGAGGUCAAUAGCCAUUUUCAAAGAGUUCUUUUAAAGAGGUCUUUUACAGGUCACUUCAAGUGUAAGCCAGGAUUCUUCCUGCAUUGGUUUCUGUGUUGUAAACCUCUGAGCUCUAGAUAAGGUCAGGUUUCUUACCCCCUCCAAACCUGCCCACUCCAUAGCUGUGAUCCCAUACAUUUGCAACCAUUCGCCCCUCUCUUGCCACAGCAGUUCUCCCAUCCAGGCCCCGCUCCAACCAGGCGCCAAGCAUGGCGCCCCAGGGGCGGGAUCACCUGGUCACACGGGAGUCUGCAGCUCGUAGACGAAGCCCAAAUGUCCGUCACACGCUCAGCCCUGAGAAUCUAAGAAGCUUAACUGAGCGCGGCGGGCCCGAGCAGGCUGGAGUGGGACUCCUCAGAGCCAACAGUGACACGGAUCUGGUUAGUUCUCAAGGGCGUUCAUCGCUCACAGCAUCUACUUUGGAAUUCACCAUGGGCCGGGGACAGAACUUGGUCAUCUCAUGGGAUAUCAAGGAAGAGGUGGAUGCUACAGACUGGAUUGGGCUGUAUCACAUAGAUGAAACUUGUCCAUCAAACAUGUGGGAUUGCAAGAAUCGUGGAGUUAAUGGUUCACAGUGUGGUCACAUUGUCUGGAGACUGGAGGCAGGGUCAUACUUCCAGGAACCUGAGACAAGGAUCUGUUUUAAGUACUACCAUGGCGUGAGUGGUGCAUUGAGAGCCACAACUCCCUGUAUCACAGUCAAGAACCCCAGAGCUUCGGCUGAUGGUCAAGGUGACGGACAACAGACCUCGGACAGCAGUCGAAAACUGGUCAGCUUUACUUUGUCAGAUAUUCGUGCUGUGGGGCUGAAGAAGGGAAUGUUUUUCAAUCCAGACCCUUAUCUAAAGAUGAGUAUUCAUCCAGGCAAGAGAAGCUGCUAUCCGACCUUUUCCCAUCAUGGCCAGGAGAGAAGAUCUGGCAUCACGACAAACACUACUAACCCCAUUUGGCAUGGAGAGAAACAUACUUUUGUGGCUCUUAUGACAGAUGUCUUAGUAGUAGAAGUUAAGGACAAGUUUGCUAAAAGUCGACCGAUUAUUAAGCGCUUUCUGGGUCAGCUGAACAUGCCGGUACAGAUGCUGCUGGAGAAACACGCAUCAGGGAACCAAUCACUGAGCUUCUCUUUGUGCCGACGGUUGCCCACUGAUCAUGUGAGCGGCCAAAUGCACUUUAAGGUCGAUGUUACAUCUAUGGGCCCAGAUGACAUUUCCCCAGAGACGAUUCUUGGGGCAGCAGCUCUCAAUGGAGCUCCAGGAACCCCUUCAGAUGACGAAGACCUACCGCACCCUCUCCCGGUCCAGUCAGCAGACCCUUCCCCCACAGGCUCCCAGGCUUCUCAUAGAAACGGGGAAGGAAGCAGCAUACCCUCUCCAGACACAGAGAUCUAUGGUGCCACUCUGGACGACGAGGCCCCUUCUUCCCCUGACUUGCUCCAAGGUUCUUUCAGCGAGCAGCUUGAUGCCAUUGAGGCCCCUAAAGGGCCAGGAGAGAGGCCUCUUGGGGCAGCAUCUCCUAAAUUGCACUCCAGCUUUCCUACACACACUCGUCUUAGCGCCAUGCUACACAUUGACUCAGAUGAAGAUGAGGAGAGGUCCGGAGCUACGGAGGCCACAUCGGUAACAUUUAACGGUUACCCAAAGACUCUACUGCCAGGGAAAAUGAAAGUACCUGUGCCUAAAGGAACUAUAGGGAAACCUCCAGGAGAGGCUGGGUCGAAGUGUGAAAAUGUUGAAACUGAGGUGGCUCCUGAGAUGGAGGUGAUGCCGAGUUCAGUGGCCCCUGAGGUGGAAACCGCCAGCCUGCUGGAGAAGCAUGUGGAGGAGGAAGUGGAGGUAGAGGAGGAGGAAGAGGGGCUGGCACCCAGUGAAGAGCUGGCAACCGAAGUCGAUAUCUCCUCAAUGGCAUCUGACAGCUGUGUGGUCCCAGCAUCUGCUUCUCAGGAGGCAGAACAGGGAGCUGAGGCAGCCAUUGAUCCAGGAGGAGAAGAUCUUUCAGAUGACCCGCCCACAACUUAUGAGGUUGCUGAGACUGUUGAGGAGACUCCUCCAACCAAUGAGAUAGAGAGGGUUGUGCCACAACCAACCAAUGAAGAGGAAGAAUGUGAAGAUGUGACUGAGGACACGAUGUCCAGAAGAUGGAGUCUGGAGGCGACAGCAGGUGUGUCACAGGAGGACGAGGAAGAGGAGUUAAUGCAUUCAGGGGAUGGAGAAUCUGUGGAUUCGGAGACUUUCGUUACAGAGACAGAAUCAGGUGUCCCUCAGAUAAAUGGAGAUGUUCGCUCUUUGCCCUCCAUAAGACAGGACAUCCACAGAUACCAGCGUGUGGACGAGCCCCUACCUCCCAACUGGGAGGCUCGUAUCGACAGUCAUGGCCGUAUCUUCUUUGUGGAUCAUGUGAAUCGCACAACGACCUGGCAGAGACCCACAGACCCACCUGCUCCUCAAGGUCUCACCCGUUCCAGCUCCAUACUGCAGAUGGAGCAACUCAACCGCAGGUAUCAGAGCAUUCGUAGGACAAUGACCAGUGAAAGAUCUGAGGAGCAGAGAGUGGAGGAACCAUCUCCUGAUGAAACAGAUAUGUUACCUAACUCUAUCUCUGAAUUUCGGAGGGACAGCUUGGUGGGUCAAGCGAGCGCACGUUCUCGUCUAGCUUUGCUUCUUCAGUCACCCGGUGCAAAGUUCCUCUCUAGUCCUGACUUCUUUUCUGUACUGCAUUCAAAUCCUAGUGCCUAUCGUAUGUUCACAAGUAACACAUGUCUGAAGCACAUGAUCAGUAAGGUUCGGCGGGACGCCCAGCACUUCGAACGUUACCAGCACAACCGAGACCUUGUCAAUUUCCUUAAUUUGUUUUCCAACAAGCAGCUGGAGCUACCACGGGGCUGGGAGAUGAAACAUGACCAAACUGGCAAGCCUUUCUUUGUAGACCACAACUGUCGUGCCACAACGUUUAUUGACCCGCGGCUGCCCCUACAGAACUCUCGUUCUAGCGGCCUGUUGGCUUACAGACAGCACCUGUCCCGCCAGCGCAGCCACAGCACAGGAGACGUUGCUGAUGAGUCUCGCUCUCCAAGCCCACCUGUCCAGGGCCGGUCAUCCAAUAACUUUGGUGGUUCAAGGAACAGUCAGUACCAAGACCUGGUACCUGUUGCCUAUAAUGAGAAGAUUGUCGCAUUUCUACGACAACCCAACAUUUUUGAGAUUCUGCAAGAGAGACAACCAGAGCUUGUAAGAAAUCACUCGCUCAGAGAAAAAGUUCAGUUUAUUCGUAAUGAAGGAGCAUCUGGGUUGGCCCGCUUGUCUAGUGAUGCAGACCUAGUUAUGUUACUCAGCCUGUUUGAAGAGGAAGUGAUGUCGUAUGUGCCACCCAAUGCCUUACUGCUAUCCAGCUACUGUCAUGCCUCCCCACAGAACUCCCCUGGAACUCCAAGAGCAAAUGCUCGAGCCCCUGCACCCUACAAGCGUGAUUUUGAGGCCAAAUUAAGAAACUUUUAUCGCAAACUGGAGACCAAGGGCUACGGGCAAGGGCCAGGAAAAGUGAAGUUGAUCAUUAGGAGAGAUCAUCUGCUGGAAGAUGCUUUCAACCAGAUCAUGUGCUAUUCCCGCAAAGACCUUCAGAAGAGCAAGCUGUAUGUUAGCUUUGUUGGAGAAGAAGGGUUGGAUUAUAGUGGUCCAUCCAGAGAGUUCUUCUUCCUGGUUUCCCGUGAGCUCUUUAAUCCAUACUAUGGACUGUUCGAAUACUCCGCUAAUGACACUUACACUGUGCAGAUCAGCCCCAUGUCAGCCUUUGUGGACAACCAUCAUGAGUGGUUUCGAUUCAGCGGACGCAUACUGGGUCUUGCUUUAAUUCAUCAGUAUCUGUUGGAUGCGUUCUUCACCCGACCCUUCUACAAAGGUCUUCUUCGUAUCCCUUGUGAUCUGAGUGACCUGGAGUUUCUGGACGAGGAGUUUCAUCAGAGUCUGCAGUGGAUGAAGGACAAUGAUAUUGAGGAUAUGCUGGACCUUACCUUUACGGUUAAUGAAGAAGUAUUUGGACAGAUUACAGAGCGUGAGCUGAAGCCGGGCGGGUCUGGCAUCCCUGUGUCAGACAAGAACAAGAAGGAAUAUAUUGAACGCAUGGUGAAAUGGAGGAUUGAGAGGGGUGUGGCCCAACAGACAGAGAGUCUUGUUCGAGGAUUCUAUGAGGUGGUGGAUGUCCGACUCGUCUCUGUCUUUGAUGCUCGAGAGCUGGAGCUGGUUAUUGCUGGGACAGCAGAGAUUGACCUGUCAGACUGGAGAAACAAUACAGAAUACAGAGGAGGUUACCAUGACAACCACAUAGUGAUUCGAUGGUUCUGGGCUGCAGUGGAACGUUUCAAUAAUGAACAAAGGCUACGACUUCUUCAGUUUGUUACAGGCACUUCCAGUGUUCCCUAUGAAGGCUUUGCCUCUCUGCGGGGCAGUAAUGGCCCACGUCGAUUCUGCGUGGAGAAAUGGGGCAAGGUCACCUCACUCCCACGGGCUCACACCUGCUUCAACCGUCUGGAUCUUCCUCCCUACCCCUCCUUUUCUAUGCUUUAUGAAAAGAUGGUCACUGCUGUGGAGGAGACCAGCACAUUUGGUCUGGAGUGAGCUACCGUCAUAGCAAAAGUGCUACUGAAUAUUUUUUUCCAGUUCACCACAACCUGGCUCCCCAUGCAGCCAUUUACCUCCACCUUCCUGGAGCUUUUGUGUCGUCCUCACACUUCUAAUAUCAUUUGGUGAAAGUCUACACAUCUGGAAUAUAUGCGAUCAAAUGACUUAUCUGGAGAAGUGCCAACUCCUGAUCCUUACGUUAUGAACUUAGUACUGAAUGCCAACUUUGAUAAUUGUAUUUUAAUCCACACAAUGAAAGACUUACAAACCUACAUAGUCACAGACAUCAGAGCUGGAGUCUUGAUCAUUUAGUUUUAGGCAUGGUUUUAGAUUAUGGACUGGUCAAAAUCAAUGCAUUUGGUUUAAAUUUGAAAAGAGACUGUGGUCCUGAGAAAACUGUGUUCAUAAAAGUCCAACGAUGCUAAAUUACAGUAAUAUAGUCACUUUGAUAGGCGGUUUUAUGUCUCCACGUUUUCAGGCAUAAACCAAUGAUGAUUAUUGCUGCAGUUAUUGUCAGUUUUUUUAGUCAAGAUGGACUUUUACAUGGCUCCGUUUUUGGAGGUUUAACUGCUGAGAAGGAUUUCUACUUGGGGUUUUGGUUUUAAAGGUCUUAUUCAGAGUUUGGCUAUUGGUUAGGUUCUGGGUUGAAAGAAUUAUUGAUCUUGACUGCAGCUCUGAAACCACAUCAACUCAAUUUUGUCCACAAUAACAAGCAAAUGAAAUGCACACAAAAACACUCAGACAGCAUGCAUACCCUCUUACUGUGAUCCUUGCACCAAAUGUAGUUAUGAUAGCGUAGAAACUAAAGAUCUGGACUAGUAACCCAAAGACCCUGGGUUCACACCUUGGGAAGGGUGAUCUAUGAACUAGUGUUCAUGAAUCAACAUUUUACCUUUGAGCAAGGCAUUUAUCCCAAGUUCCAGAGUGAUUGUAAAUGUAUCCUAAAUGACUUUGGUUAGAAAGCUUUUUGGUGUCUACUUAACAACGAAACACUAACAAAUAUCAACACUCUACACUACUUUGUACCACACAUAUUUUUAAUUCACCAUUCAACCUGCUUCUCUUAUGCACAAAAAUACUUAAAACAACAACUGUGAAUGUAGAAACACUGAUCACCAAUGUGUGCAAGUUUAACAAAUAUAUGCGCAUGAAGGAGGUAUAAUAAGACUUGGGAUUUGAGCUUUAAUAAUAGGGAAAACAUUGUGGUGACAGACACAAACAGUGGCCUUGAAAUUAUAUUUAUGGUUAGGCAAGUCCAUUAACCAGGGAAGCAAUAGUUAUACUACUGAUUGUGUAACUUGGUGGAAAACAAGUAGCUAUUUUUUAUUCUGCUAUGGCAAAACAAAGGACAGUCAAAGAAAAGAGAAACAGAUGAAAAAUAAGAUUGCUAACUUAACUGUUUUAGCAUGUUCAGGGGGCAGCAAGCCAAACUGUUACACACAAGUUAUGAAGUGUUUUAGAAAUAUCUCUUCAUAACUUAAUAAGGAAACAAUCUGUCACCAGGAAUUGUCCAUUUAUGGAAUCACAGAUCGGAACUUCUCACUGAAAUGUUUAAUGAUGAUGAUUAAUGUUUAGUUCUUCAUUUAUGGGUGACAAGUUGAACACCUGGUUUACAGACAUACAAUUUCUCUCUUUGUUAUUUGUCUGUGGUCCACUCCCCAAGCCCACACACAAACACAUACACAAGCAAUACAAAAAAAUCAUGCAUUUACAACACACAAAUACUUUUCUGGGUAAAAACAAGGAUCCUAGGAUUUGGAUUUCUCUCAAAAUUGCUCCUUUAUGUAAUUGAUCUUUGGAUAAAAUAAUGCAUGCUGGGUCGAAAAAGCAGUACCUGAGUUUGACCCUUAGAUGGCGUUGUGUCAUAGCUUGAUAAUGCAUGCUGGAAUUAGUUAAACAACAGGAAUCCAGAUUAGUUUUAUUUGCAUGAGGAGUUGCUGUUAAUCAGCGGCGGGGUGAGAUUCGGGGACAAAACUAAUAAAUGUGUCACUUCCAUACUUUUCAAAAAUCAUCUGUGCUGUUAUUUAAACUUUAUGGUUUAUUGAUUGUGUAAAAUGCUGAUGAAAGAGCCACCACUUGACUACAGUUGUUGAACCUGCAUGUGUUUCAUGAUGUGUUCAUAUUUGUAUAUAGCUGUAAUAUAUGUGUCAGUCUUGUCCUG